AUGGCUUCCCCUGGACAAAGCGACAUCCCAGAGAUCCAAAUACAGUCAGCAUCAGUGAAUUCCGUGGGAAACGACCUCGAAAUGUCUUACACAGGAUUCGCAAAUCGCGCUUCAUACGACGUCCAGCUGCAACAGCAAGUGCAGGCCGACCGGGUGGCAGGAACAGACGAGCAGACCUUGGCCACGUCCAACGGCGGGCACUCACUGCCUGUGCGACGACGAGCGGAGCCCAUGAUCGCGCUACGAUUUUGGGACGAUUUAUUCACGCCAUCGAUGCAUCGCUUCCUAGCAUCGCACCCAAGGGAACCGAACGAGGUCAAAGAAAAAGGCAGCAUCCGCGGUCAAGGCGACUGGGUCGGUGUUCUUGACAAACUCGAGACUGCCAGAAAUGAAUACAGCCUGAUCGAUUCAGGGUUCAAGAGUACCUUUCGCAAGGUAUACCGCAAGUCGGCCGACCAUGCCGGUGGGAUGCCACUGUCGAUAGUCAAGACGGCCAAGGACGUCGUGAACAACGACUACGCGUCGCCGGUGCUCGGGGUUGUCAAGUUGGUUGUCGAGGCUGCAACAAAGGCGGCCAAGCUGCGACAGGACAUGAUGGGUGCCUUGGACAACCUCGACCGUACAUUUACAGAGGUUGAAAUAUACCGGCAGGCGUUUCCCGGAGACGAGAACAUCCGAGAGGCAUCUAUCGACCUGGUUGCCUCGGUUCUAUACGCCGUUGAGUUGGUUAUUGGCUUCUUUGUUUCCAAAACUUGUGAGUUGCUGUCCGGAUAA